AUGGCGUCGCCAGCCUCAAAGCCAGAGGCGGCAUCUAGCCCGCGCCCAAUAGGCAUUCACCACUCCGACAUUAUAUUCUCCCACGACCAGCAAAUGUCCAUGUCGGCGCUCAUGUCUGGGCUGAAGCGCACCACGCUCACCGUGCACAACCGCCUGCGCUCGAUCCGGGCCGACGCCGACUUCGUCGCGCGAGCGGCCAGCGCCUUUGGCGGACCGAGAGAAGCACAAGCAGAAGCAGAAGACGCAGCAGCAGCAUCGUGUAAUACAAGGAGACCUCUGAUUGCGAAUGAGCGCUGCGGGAGCUGGUACGUGCGGCCAGAGAACAAGGGCGGCAGCGCCUACUUUAAGAGCACCGACGGCCACGAGCGCGCGUGGAAGUUUAGCACGCGCAGACUAAACCUCCACAUUGUCGAGCUUGCCGAAAAGCACGACGGCGUCAUCAUUGUAGACUCGACGCGGCGGGGGAAGCGCAUGCCUGAUGCGCUGUCCACCACCAUCCCCGUGUGGUGCGCCGUGCUCAACCGCGUGCUGCUCCCGCAGCACCCGCUGUCCCAGAAGCUGUUCCUGCCGCCGUCGCUGCCGCCCACGACGCACGCGCAGAUUACAGCCCUGCUGCCGGGCUUCGUCGCGUCCUUGGAGGCGCUCACGCUGCCGCUGCCGCACGGGCUCAGCAAGCCGCUACGCCCGCUCUGGAUCACGCAAGAUUCUGUGCUGCCGCCGGCGGGGGAGGAGGAAGAAGACGACGGCGAGGACAAAGGCAGCAGCAGUGUCAUAUUCGAGGACUGCAGGCCCGUGAUUUGCUGUACGGCGAGCCGGCGCGUCGUGGGCGCCAGCGAGAGGGAGGAGGGCGGGUAUAUACAAGGCGCGGGCGACGAUACGGAGAAUUGGGCGCACGGGCUCACGCCGCCCGUGUUUUGGGCUCAUGUGGAUAGGCUGCUAGAAACAGCAGAGGCUGAUCUCCCGGCGCUGAUAAAACAGCUCGUGGAGGAAGACGCUGCUACGCAUGCGUCGACGGGCAGCGAGGCGCGCACACAGCUGGCGCCGGGCAUCUACGUCUGCCCAACGUCAGCCGCGACAUGCCCCCGCGGAGAGGAGAGCAGCGAAGAAUGCCACAUCCAGCUGCUCCCGUCGGCAUCGCCCCAGGAGUCGUGGGUCAAGGGCCGGCGUCUCAUGCAAGUCGGGCUCGGCAACAGCAAAGCCGGCAGCCGCAAUCUCCGCCUCGCCCUGCCGCACAUUUGCGCGUUUGCGCGCGAAUACAUGCGCGGCGGCGACCGCGGCGGCGACAAUGAGAAAAUCAUCGUCGUCUCGUGCGAGUCGGGCAAGGACUUUUCGGUAGGGACUGCGCUGGCGCUGUCGUGCUUGCUCCUCGACGAUGCUGGGUCACCACUGCGCGAGGAGGGCGGCGGCGCGCGGGUGGCCUUUACAAAGACGCUGGUCAAGAGCAGGCUGGGUGGGUUCAUGACGGCGUUUCCGGCGGCGAAUCCGAGUCGGGCUACAUUGCAGAGCGUUAAUAGCUUUCUGAUGGACUGGAGAAAUUAG